CUACUACCUACUCCUCUCUACUCCCCUCUGAACGGCCAGAAAGACGUGCGUUUCUUACCGGCCAUUUCAGAAUAGGUAUCAUUUAGAGGCUAGAAAACGGCGCAGGGUAGCGAUCACGCCAUCCUAUACUAUCUGCACGUAACAGACCUUUGCAUGGCCGCAUAGCGCUCCCCAGCUUCGCGACCCCUCUUACCUUCGGUGCGCUUUCCGAUAUGUGCUACAGAGGGUGGCGGGAUCUUUAAAGUGAAUAAUAUCCAUGACAUCCUGAAGGGGAAAAAAAGGUUGCCUACAAAAUUACUUGCAGGAAUAAGUAAAAAUAUAGCGAAUAAAUUUAUGUUGCCUUAGGUACCUAUAUAUGUGAGCUAUUUAUAACUGAGAAGAGUUAUUUCUUCUUAUUAUUAUUUUUCCUUCCCUAAAGCCGAUCCCCGAUAUGCCGUCUGCCGUCACGCCCGACCGACCGCUCCCGGUGUACUUCAUCGGACAUGCCGGGGUGGGCUUGCUGUUUAACGAAUCGCCGCAAAACCGGAUCGUGCAGGAUAAUCUCCGCGCCGUCGGUGAGGAGAUCCGCGCGAUAUCGCCCCGCCCGAAAGCCAUACUUACUUUCAGCGGACACUUUGAGGCAGGGGAGAUUCAUGGCCCCGGGGUGAUAGAAGUCAACGUGAAGAAAGAGACAUAUAUCAUGCACGAUUUUGUCAACGAUUUCCACGACUCGGCACCGUUCGUCUACGAAUACGACUGGCCGCACAGAGACGCUCCCGAACUAGCAACCGAGGUCUGGAGACACCUGACCAAGUCCGGGAUCAAGGCGAAGCGCGUGGAGCGCGGCAUCGACCACGGCGUCUGGGUCCCCUUCAAACUCAUGUUCCCGCCCGAGGACCCGCUCGAUGUUCCCGUCGUCCAGGUGUCUACCUUCUACGGCUAUGAUCUGGAAAGUCAGAUCCGGCUAGGGGAGGCUGUUGCAUCACUUCGCAACGAGGGCUUCCUGAUCGUUGCCUCCGGCAUGGCGGUGCAUUCGUUCGCCUCGAUCGCCUCGAUCCGCAGCGCGCCGUCGGAGGAAGCGCGGGACCUCGCGCGGCGGGAAGUCCAGCGGGAGUCGCGGGCCUUCGACACGCACCUCCGGGAAGCGGUUGCGAAGCGCGGCGCCGCGGAGCGCAAGGACGCCCUGCUGAAGCUAGCGUCGCUGCCGGAGUUCCGCCGCUCGCAUCCCACCGUCGAGCACUUCACGCCGCUGCUCGUGGCGGCGGGCGCGGCGGGAGAUGCGCUAGAGGGCGGGGUGCCGCUGGGUACGGAUGUCGUCGAGCCGGGGAUGUCGUAUUUGAAUGUGAGGUUUACGUAG